AUGAUUAGAAUACUGCAUCGCCAGCCAUGUAGGACAAAUUUAAGAGUACUACAAUUAAUAUACAUUCUAAUUUGGAUAAUUGAAAUAGUACUGUCACAACCAGCGGAGCAGAAUCCAUCAAUUGAUCCGAAUCAUCAUAUUCCAGGAAGUAGUCCAUGUUACGAUGACAUGAAUAUUCCACAGCGAUGUGUACCAGAUUUCAUCAACGCUGCAUUCAAUCUUCAGGUUGAAGUAACUAAUACGUGUGGUGUUAAUGGACCUGUAAGUUAUUGUGUACAAACAGGUCACAGUGGCGUACGUAAAGUUUGUGAUAUCUGUGAUAGCAGGGUUGAGACAUAUGCUCAUCCUCCCGCUUAUUUGACUGAUUUUAACAAUGCUAAUAAUGAAACCUGGUGGCAAUCGGAAACGAUGAACGAAGGUAUGCAAUAUCCAAAUAGCAUCAAUUUAACAUUACGCCUUGGAAAAACAUUCGAUAUCACUUAUGUCAGAUUGAAAUUUGUCAGUCCAAGACCAGAAAGUUUUGCAAUUUUUAAGAAAACUCACCCUGAUGAUGACUGGAUUCCAUGGCAGUAUUACAGUGGAUCAUGUCGUUCAACAUAUGGAAUACUCGAGAAAGCACCGAUUUUACCGAGUAAUGAAGCUGUAGCACAGUGUACACGGGAAUUCUCUGAUAUUUCUCCAUUAACUGGCGGUAAUAUCGCAUUUUCAACACUGGAAGGUAGACCUAGCAGUCAAAAUUUCGAGGAGAGUGAAACACUGCAGGAAUGGGUGACAGCAUCUGAAAUACGGAUCAUGUUGACACGGAUGAAUACAUUUGGCGAUGAAGUGUUCCGGGAUGCAAAAGUCUUACGAUCAUAUUACUAUGCUAUAUCUGAUUUCGCUGUUGGUGGAAGGUGUAAAUGUAACGGACACGCGAGUGAAUGCGUGAAGUCAACAGGUGAUGGUGAAGAUCGUUUGGUAUGUCGGUGUGAGCACAAUACUAUGGGCGCUGAUUGUGACCAAUGCUUACCUUUUUACAACGAUCGACCUUGGCAGGUUGGAACUGCAAAAGAGGCAAAUGAAUGCAUUACUUGCAACUGCAGUCAUUUAUCAAAUCGUUGCUAUUUUGAUCAAGCAUUAUUCGAACGUACUGGUAGUGGUGGACAUUGUAUUGAUUGUGCUGGCAAUACGCAGGGAGCGCACUGCGAAGAAUGCGCACCUUUUAAUUGGCGUCGUCCUGGUGAACAUUACUGUAUUCCAUGCCAAUGUAACGAAAUUGGAUCACUGAGCAUGCAAUGCGAUGACCAUGGUCAGUGUCCAUGCAAACCUGGAGUGGAUGGUCAUUUCUGUGACCGUUGCAUGAGUGGAUAUUAUGGAUUCUCGAUUAGUGGAUGCAAGAAUUGUUUAUGCGAUAAGACAGGGUCAUUGAAUAAUGAACCAGUAUGUGAUUCGGAAACAGGUAGUUGUAGCUGCAAAUUAAAUGUAGAAGGACAGCAGUGUAAUAAAUGCAAGCCUGGAUAUUUUGAUUUGUCGUUGGACAAUCAGUUCGGUUGUACGCCAUGUUUCUGCUAUGGUCACUCGUCUAUCUGCACCAGCGCAGAUGGCUAUUAUGGAAUGAAUGUGAGCAGUAACUUUGAUAGUGGGAAAGAAUUUUGGAGUGCUGCGUCAUUACGUGGACCAGAAGAUAUUCAGUGGGCUGAAAUGGAUAAAGCUAUCGCUGUUUCCGAUAUUGAUGGAUCACCAGUUUAUUUCGUAGCACCGAUACAAUUUACCGGAGAUCAGCGAGCAUCAUAUAAUCAAGACUUAUGGUUUACGGACAUAUUAAUUGUUGGUCAAGAAGGCCAGGAGUUAACCAUACCAAUUUUUGCUCAAGAAAAUCCAAUUCCAUCUGUAAAUGAGCAAACAUAUCGUUUCCGGAUUCAUGCAAAUCCGGUAUUUCAGUGGAGUCCACGAUUGAAUGAGUUGGAUUUUAUUGGGAUUCUUUCCAACGUUAGCGCUCUCAAAAUUCGUGGAACUUAUUCAAUUGAAGAUGUUGGUUUUCUGAGUAAUGUUCACUUGGGGUCAGCUGGUUUGGCUACUUCUGCUGAUGAACCACGUGAAGCGCAUUGGAUCGAAUCGUGUAACUGCUUAGAAGGUUUCAUUGGACAGUUCUGUGAAUCAUGCGCUCCCGGAUAUCGUCGCGAAAUAAAAUAUGGUGGUCUAUUCGACCGAUGUGUUAAAUGCGAAUGUCAUGGACAUUCUACUUCAUGUGCGCCAGAAUCAGGUGAGUGUAUCUGUGAACAUAAUACCACAGGUGAUACAUGCGAACGUUGCAGUCGUGGUUAUUACGGAAAUGCACUGCAAGGUACGCCGGAUGAUUGUACUAAAUGUCCUUGUCCAGAAGAUGGUCCCUGUGUCUUGCAUACUGAUGGCGAUAUUAUUUGCACUGAUUGUCCAACCGGAUAUACUGGCCGAAGAUGUGAUGUUUGUGCCGAUGGUUUCUUUGGUAAUCCGGGCGAGGGGAAAUCAUGUGUGGAAUGUUCGUGUAGCGGAAACAUCGAUCCUAAUAGUAUCGGAAAUUGUGACUCAUUGACUGGUGAAUGCAAAAAGUGCAUUUAUGAUACAGUUGGCUUCAACUGUGAGGAGUGCAAGCCAGGCUACUGGGGUGAUGCACUUUUGGAGCCAAAAGGAGAUUGCAAAGCGUGCAACUGCUUUGCACCUGGUACUAAACGUUCCAACGUAGAUUACGUUCUGCUUGAAUGCCGACAAAGUGACGGUCAAUGUAACUGUCAACCGCACGUGAUCGGGUCACGCUGUGAUCAGUGCCAGCCUGGAUACUUCAAUUUAACAUCCGGAAGUGGCUGCCAAGAAUGUAAUUGUGACGUACUUGGUAGUGUCAACAGCACCUGUGACGUGUUAACCGGGCAAUGCUUGUGUAAAGCUGGGGUGAUGGGCCGCAGAUGUGAUCAAUGUGAACCACAACAUUACGGUUUUGGGUUAGAUGGUUGUCAACCGUGCGACUGCGAAGUUAUUGGAUCCGAAUCACCUCAAUGCGAUGUUAUCACUGGCCAGUGUUUAUGUCGUGAUCAUAUCGAAGGACGACGUUGCGAUCACUGUAUUGAAAAUCGUUAUAAUCUUCAAGCUGGUUGUUUACCGUGUGAUGAUUGCUAUACAUUGACACAAAGUCGAGUACAUGCAUUCAGGAAUGAUAUCAGUGUGCUGGAAGAAACUCUAAAAGAAAUUGUCGAGAAUCCUGCACCGGUUGACGACGUGGAAUUCGAUAAUUAUGUCAAAGCCGUCAGUGCUGAAGUAGAAGAUUUGGCUAAUGUUGUAAACAAAAAAUUGGCUGGUGGGGAUUCGCAGAUUAUCGAACAAGUAAAUAUGCUUAGGAGCGAUUUGAAGAAUGCAUUGAAAUUGCUAAGCUCGGUUGAUGAUAUUAUCAAUAAAGCAAAUAAAAAGGCCACUACGAUAGACGAAACAUUGAAGCAAUGGAAUCUAGUCAAGGAUCGAGCACGAAGUGAUUUAGAAAAUGCGUUGUAUUAUUUGGAAACUGAAGGAAAAACGCAAUGGGAAUUGGCGCAGGAAGCAUCUCGAAAAUAUGGUGAACAAAGCCAGCAAUUAUCGGAAAUAGCGCAAGAAGCAAGAAAAUUAGCUGAACAGCAAGAAAAUCGCAGUAUUGAAAUUGAAGCAUUAGCUGAGAAAAUUGCAAAUACCUCUAAGCAGGCACUUGUUGAAGCGAAAGAAGUGAUCUUUGGAGGUGAUGCUACUAGCAAAGAAAUUGCAAUUAUGAUGGAACGUUUAAAUGCAACCGAAAAACUGCUGAAUCAAACUCGUAAACUUGCUGAGGAACAAUUAACAGAAGCAGAUCGUGCAUACAAAGCAGCUGCAGAAAGUUUAACAGUUGUUGAGGGUUUGCGGUUACCGAAUAUUGAUCCACAACAAAUCGAAGAAGAAGCGAAACGAGUCGCAGAGGAUGCUAAAGCUACUGCUGAUAAUGCUAAGGAACAGGCAGCUGCUAAUAAAGAACUAAUAGAUGAAGCAGUACGAUUAAUUGCUGAAGCAAAAUAUGAAUUGCAAAGGGUUCAGGAUCAACAAAAAGUUUCGGAUGAACUGCUGGCUGACGUAGAUGCUGCAAAAGCUCGUGCUAUGGAGGCUGUUUCGCUUGCUGAAAAUACAUUAACGGAAGCACAACAUACGCUAGAAAUACUGAAUGAUUUUCAAGAACGAGUAGAUGCAACUAAAUCAGAAGCAAUCGAAGAACUGAGAAAUCUGAAAGAGAUUGAAAAAGAAAUUGCUUUAGCCGAGGAAACAACUCGAGAAGCUGAAAAUGCUAUCGGUAAUGCCAAAAAUGACGCACGGAUGGCUGAAAAAAUUGCUUUACAAGCUGAAAAAGAAGCUAAAAGCAUCAGCAAGGAGGCAUACGAAUUACGGAAUCAGACGCAAUAUGUUCGUAAAACUGCAGAACAAUUAAAAUCAGAUGCUAACCAAUUGGUCAGUGAUGUCAAGGAGACAAGUACAACGAUGGAGGAUUACAGACGACAGGCUAGUAGUGAUAAAGCUCGUGCUUCUGAGGCAGUUCAAAAAGCUCAACUUGCGGAGAAAGCUGCUGAAGAUGCGAAUAAAACUAUCAGUGAGGCGCAGGAUAGCCUAAGAAGUAUUAUUAACCAACUCAAUUCCUUAGAUGGUGUGAAUAUUGAAGAAUUGGAUGAACUGGAAAAACAAUUGGAUCAAGCUGAAGAAUUGUUAAACAGUGCUGAUUUAGAUAAACAGGUAUCAUUGCUCAAAGAACAAAAAAUUGAGCAGGAUCGCACAAUAACGCAGUUUAGAAAUGAAAUCGAUACUUUAAAAGACGAAGUGCAAAAUCUUGAAGAAAUACGUGAUUCAUUGCCGAACAAAUGUUUCAAUGUAAUUAAUUUGGAACAAGAGGGACACAAAUAG